UAUUUUACGUUGAGUAGUAGCAUAAGUAAGCCAAUCACGUUUUCUGAGCCUCAGUUUGCAAUGUACAAUCGCCGAGUGUAGUGUCGUAGCUACAUCCGUUUCUUUGAUAUGUUUAUUUCAACAUUUCGUUAUUGUUAUUUUUUUGUUCAAUAAAGUGCGAAACUUCGAAAUAUAGUCUUCUUUUACGAGCUUUAAAAUUUGUAUUAUUAACGUAAUAUUAAAAAAAAAAGGGAAUCAUUUUUCCAAAACGAAUAAUAAAAAUAAAUAAACCUAAGUUAAAAACAGUUAAAAAUUUUUGUUGAUGGUAUUGAAAUUAAAUAGAUGAACGGAAUCGUAUUCUUUAUUCAUUAUUAAGUGGGGUCAAAUCAAAUAAAGUAUAUUGGAAAUUCAAUAAAUAGCAUGAUAAUUAAAAAAUGGAUUUCACUAACUGGUUUAUUACUAGCCAUAGUAAUGUUGCACAAUACUUUAGGAGCCGUUAUAAACCAGAAAAAGAUGCUGAAAGAGGAUAAUAUUGCCAAGACAAAUUGGACUGAAUUAACAGAUAAAUGGAUAACCGCAAAAGAGAGGAUUGAAGAUAGAUUUGUGACAUUAUUGCCAUCAGUCGGACAAGUUAGAGAGUUGCCACCGACUCCACAGACCAUAAUCGAUAGCAUGAAUACCGAACAGUUGGCCAAAGUCAACUACUCGCGAAUGCUCUGGGACAUUGAAAAUAUACAACAAGGUGGUCAUUUAUCGCUUUUAGUAGAUAAAGCAAUGAAUUUCAUGGAUUUACGGCAAGUGAUGUUCGAAGUUGAGACUUCAGUCAUGUCUAAAGUUUCUUGUACAGCGUGUAAAGCAGGUGCAACACUAUUGCAAUACUUUAUCAAAGCUGGAAAAAGUGAUCAUGAAAUUAUGUCUAGUAUUUUACAAUUUUGUGUUUCUUUAAAAAUUCAGAGCCCAAGAGUUUGUCAAGGAGUUACGCUUCUCUUUGGGGGUGAAGUCAUCUAUGUUUUGAAGCAAGUGAACAUGGGACCAUCACAAAUAUGUAGCUUUGUGAUUGGUGAUGCAUGUGAUGAUGCUUAUAAUCCCCAACAUGAAUGGGAGGUUGCAUUUCCACCAGUCAAGAAACCAUCAAUAAAACCACCAAUUGCUCCAAAAGAAAGUGCACCAACAUUCAAAGUUUUGCAUAUAUCUGAUACUCAUUAUGAUCCGUAUUAUCAAGAAGGAGCAAAUGCUGCUUGCAAUGAACCAUUGUGUUGCAGAUUGACGAAUGGCGCACCACUAACAGCAUCAGCAGCUGCUGGUCGAUGGGGUGACUAUAGAAAAUGUGAUACACCGAAAAGAACAAUUGAUCAUAUGCUUAAACACAUUCAAGAUACACAUUCUGAUAUCGACUAUAUACUUUGGACUGGAGAUUUACCUCCUCAUGAUGUGUGGAAUCAAACGAGAGAAGAAAAUUUGAAAAUUUUACGAGAAACAGUAACACAAAUGAUUGAAACAUUCCCUGGUGUACCAAUAUUUCCAGCACUUGGCAAUCAUGAAUCAGCUCCAGUUAAUAGCUUUCCUCCACCUUUUGUACCGGAAGAAAGUAGUAUUUCUUGGCUUUAUGAUGAACUUGAUAAACAAUGGAAGCGUUGGUUACCUGCUGGAGUCUCACAUACCGUAAGAAGAGGUGCAUUUUAUUCUGUUUUGGUACGACCUGGUUUCAGAAUUCUCUCAGUCAAUAUGAAUUAUUGUAAUAAUAAAAAUUGGUGGUUAUUGAUUAAUAGCACUGAUCCGGUUUCUGAACUCCAAUGGUUAGUUUAUGAACUUCAAGGAGCUGAAAUGAAUGAUGAAAAAGUUCAUAUUAUUGGACACAUUCCCCCCGGUCAUUCAGAUUGUCUUAAAGUAUGGUCAAGAAAUUAUUAUCAUAUUAUAAAUCGUUAUGAAUCGACGAUAACUGCUCAAUUCUUCGGUCAUACUCACUAUGAUGAAUUUCAAUUAUUCUAUGACACUUCGGAUUUAGGUAGAGCUGUGAGUAUUGCAUAUAUUGGGCCGUCAGUCUCUCCAUAUUAUGAUUUGAAUCCUGGAUACAGAAUAUAUUACAUUGACGGAGAUCAUCCUCAAUCAACAAGGAUGGUCGUUGAUCAUGAAAGUUGGGUGAUGAAUCUUAAAGAGGCUAAUUUGUAUGACUAUCCAAUUUGGUACAAAUUGUAUAGUGCUAGAGACGAAUACAAAAUGCCAUCACUGUUACCAAAAGAUUGGGACUCAUUGAUUGAUAAAAUGACAAACGAGCCUGCAAGUUUUGAAAGAUACUACAAACAUUAUUAUAAAAACUCACCUGUUCGACCAAUAUGCAAUGAUGAGUGCCGAAAGAGACUACUUUGUGAUUUAAGGAGUGGCAGAAGUCACGACCGUAAAGCACUAUGCCAGAAUUUAGAAUCAAGAAUCGAUGGUGAAACGAGAACUGGCUGGCGAGAUUGGAUUUAUAAUGGACUAUCACUGUCAAUGUCGGUGGUGAUGGCAAUUCCAAGAUUUGCCUACAAUCUUCCCAAGUAUGUUUUGGGCCUGGGGUAAAGAACAACGUGAAUUUCUUAUUAUUGAAGAAACGAUGUGAUGUGCAAAAAAAACAUUGUUAUCGAACUUUUUUUUUUCUUGUUAACCCUGGUAGGACACUACAAAGUUUGUUUUUAAAAAAACCCAGAGCCUGAUAUGUACAACACGUACAUAUAAAAAUGGUUUGUAUGAUGCUAUAGUGAUAAUAGUUGAAGAUAAUUAAUCCAUUAUGCUACAUGAUAUUCACGAGGGCUAUUUUAAAGGCCAGCGCUAGAAAGUAUUAGUAAAUUAGGGAUGUACGAUAUUUGCAAUAUCCCAUGUAGGAAUGGACGACAGGUACAAGCCUGGGACAAGUCUGGAUACACAGCUCUUCGGCUUGUGUCAAUCUGCGUGAAGCUGAGGAUGUUUGCUAUAUAUUUUCCAGUGUCAGACUUGGAUUUCGGGCUUGGCACACGCCUGUGUCUCAGGCUUGUAACAAAAUUAAAAAAAAAAAUGUAAUCAGUUUAUUAAUAGAAUUUCGAUUAUUAAUAACUUUAUUAUUUAACUUUAAUAUCAUCACUUGACAAUGUAAAUAAACAAUAAUAAUUGAUUGUAAAUAUAUACAGCUCGUCGAGGACUUGCGCCCAGGUUUAUGUGGAACUCCAAAACGCUAUUAUAUCAACGAGGUACAACUAGAUGGUUGAUUAAAAUGUUCUAUAUAAAUUCUACCGUUCCUCAAUACACAGUCCUCGCAUGAGCGAUAGUUAAGCCAUAGAGUUUCUAUUUGUAAUAUAUAUAAAAUGUAAACGUAACUAUAACUCAUGUUUUAUUUUUUUUUAUUAUAUUAAAUAUAUGCACAAGUCAAGCCUCGUGUCAAGAUUGCUAAAAUUAGGGGCACCAGCUUGACACAGGGCUGUACUGAAAAAAAUUUAAGGUUUUGCCCUUAAAAAAGAAUAGUAUUUUCUCUGAUAAAGAGAAUAAACUCUUUGAAUUUAAGUGAUGUUUUUUUGCGUUGAAGAAUAAAUUUUUUCCUCAUAAAUCCUGAACUGCUUUCACAUAAACAUUGAGUGAUUUUCGAAGAAAGGUAUCUUAAAUUAUCUGUUCAUUUAAAUGAGAUACAGCUCGUUACUUGUUUAAUCAACCAUAUUGAGUAUCAAUUAAAACUCAGACUUUCUAUAUGUUGCAAUCAUAUUCUCCAAAAAAGUGAAAUCAAAAAAGAAUCCGAAAAUCGAAAAAAAAACUCACAAAAAAUAAAUUCCGGUAAAUGUUUUCUUGUCAUAAAAAAAUAGUGUCUCGAAUUUUGGAAUAUCAUUCAAGGAAGGAAAACAUUCUGAGUAAUUGGUGACUAUUUCUUCUUGAAUACUCAAACCAGUUUCUUAUAAUAAAUGAAGUAAAUUGAAAACGAAUACAAAAAAAAAUUAAUUGCAAAUACUUUCUUAUUUUGAGAAAAUGUUAUAGUUUUAUAUUUUGAUAUCUAGCUAGAUAACUAGUAGAUUCGAUUCUUGAAGAGAGAGUUCUAUUUUGAACUUAGAAACCAUUAAAUUUUUCAAAGCUUUAGACUUAUUCUGUCAAAUUAACUUAUUUUCAUAUGUAGUAAGAAUCAUUUCAAAAAUCAAAACAAUUUUCUCUUGAGAAGACUGACUUUUUUCUUAAACUAUUUUACCUACAUUUAUCGGCAUUUGUUGAAUUGAUAUAGAAUAUUUUUUAUAUGAAAUGAAUUUCUUAUGCUUGUAAUUUAUUAUAAUAAAUUAAAUUACUACUGACAAAUGAUUAAGAAAUGGAUGUUGCUUACCUGUUAAUUUCUAAAGAAUUAAUUUAGCCAAAGAAAUUAACAGGUAGGCAACAUCCUUCCCUUGGACAUUUGUCGAUAGCUUUCUAGUUAGCUAACUUCGUUUUCUUAGCUACCAUUCUUCCCACAGCUUUUUAUUUAUUUAAAUUGAUAAAUUUAAGUUCUACACGCGAUAAGCAUAAAAAUUAAACUGUUUGAAAAUUAAUUAUUUUUCAAAAUCCGAAGAAGACAUUCAAUUAUCCAGAAUCAACCUUAAAUGAAUUAAAUUAACUGAAGAAAUUUUUGCAAUAAAUUCUAAUUUUUACAUAUAUAAAUAUUCUCUACUAAGUUUAUUAUUAUUAUUAGUAAUAGUAAUAUAUUAUGAUUAUGGAACUGAAACUAGCGCCCGAUAGUUCUGCGCCCAAUGAGAGUUAGCGGAAUAGGGUAUAGCGGCACUGCACAGCUAUAAGAAAAGCGUGUAGACUGAGAGACAACGAUGAUUUAUUAUAUUAUCGGUUAUUUAGAACUUUGAUAUGAAUAAUAAAUAAGUAAUUAGAUAAUAAAGGACAAAAAAAAUAUAUGUCGUAAUUAUAUUGAAAACAACCAACGAAAGAAAUGAAAAAAAAUAUCCUAUGUUUUUCUUCGGUAAUCUCAUGAAUUAUAAAUUCAUCAAUAAAAUUUUGGUUUAUUUAUUUUUUAUUUAUUUUGUUUUUUUUAAAGUUUGAGGUUAAAGUU